AUGAGUUUUUAAGUAAAAGACAAAAAGAAGAUUGCACUGUUUAGGAAGUCAGUGCAGAUCCUCACCUCAAGCAAGGACACCUUUCACAUUCACUUCACUAAGACACAUAUUAGGCUAUUCAACACAUUUUAAGACGAUGCUACUUAUAUGUUUGAUUUCGCCGCUACAUGGUUUAGUAAGUUCGUCGCUCCUGAAUGCAUACUCAACGACGAAAUUGAAAUACUCUAGGUUCAGUGCUACAGAGAUGCCUUUCUUCAAGGUUUUAACAUUCUCGAUGUAAGUCUAACUACUCAUAUCGCGCUUUUGUGUCUAAUUAUUUGUCAGGAUACCGAGCUAGAGUUUCUGGUGACACUUGAGAGUAUGGUGGCUGGCAGAUUCAAAGUCAUCAAGACAAGAGAAUUCUUUAUCAUAGAAGCUACUGUUCCUUUUGCUAUUGAGAAAGACAUUAGAAGUGAUGAGAAUUACGAGUUUCCUGAGGAUUAAUUGCUAAUGGAUGUGGAUAUUCAGCAUCUCAAAAACUUAAGAGGGAUAUUCAAAGCAAAGUCUAAGACAGAGAUAAUGAAUUUGCUAUUCAGCGACUCUUGUAUCAACUUCAAGGGUGAGAUUAAUAACAAGUUUGGCUAUGAAAUCGUUAAAAAGGUUAUCAGAUCCUAUGGUAAAUAUCUUAGCCCUGAGGAGAAUAAACAGUCCAAUUUCCAAAUUACUUUAUCUCUUAGGCACAUACUGAGCUUGCUUAAAAUUUGUGAGAUGAUUGAAGGAAGUUUUAUGUCUGCAAUGGAGCUUAUAGAUCUUGAGACUUGCGUGUCUUUCCUCUUUACACAUUCACAUGAAAGAAAAGACUUUAAGUUUUGUAUCGGUAUCGGUAAUGUGAGAUUUAUGCCAAUGGAUCAGCCCGUGAUGCAGUCAUCUAACUAGUAAAACUAGAGACUUAGAAAAGAACCACAACCCAUCCCUUAAAACAGAAGAGUGAUUGGGAAUGAUAACGAAUAGUCACAUACACAUAAUCAAAUGGCUAUGAAAUUAGAAGAUAACAUGACUGCAGGAAUCUCUGCUUUCAAUCAUGGCUACUCAGUAACGCAUUUAGCCCAAGACGAAGACACCUAAAACUCAAAUUUGAGUCGAGCUUAAUAGCAAUAGUAGAACUAAAAGCUAAUUAAUAACAUGAGACCUUAGCAGUAGAGCUCUACACUUUAGCAGCAACACUAGCAGAUGAAUUAAAAGAGGGCUGCUCUCAAAGGUAAAAGAGGCGUAGUUGAUGAAGAAGAGUAUACUAAUAUGACUAAUAACAUGGGUAAUGGUUCCAAUGUCAAGAUGGAAAUGGACUAUGAUGACGAUGAUUAGAGUCAUACUCUGAACAACCAGAAUAACGGGCAUUCACAUCAAUAAUAGCAAUUUAAAAAUUCAGAUGAUGAAGGCGGCAGUCCCAUGCGUGUAGAUAAAUUCAAGAAGAGCACUGGUAAAAAGAGCAGUACAAAGAGCAAUAAAUUAGUAAAGAAAUAGCGAGAAGAUGAUGAAGAAGAGGAAGAAGCGCAAAGUGACUAUGAAGAUGAUCAAGCACUUCUAGCCAGAAAGAGAAACUUUUACAAAGAGGUUGACAAUGAAGAAUUUUUCUGA